AUGGCGGUGCUGGUGGAGACUAGUGUGGGCGAGAUGGUGAUCGACCUGCACACGGACCUCUGCCCGCUCGCCACUAAGAACUUCCUCAAACUCGCCAAGUCAGUCGCGCUCGCGCCCUCCCCCUGCCAACCCAAAGCACCUCCCCUCCCCCCCGCCCUUCUCGCGAUGAAGUACUACCACCACUGCGUCUUCCACCGCGUGCAGCGCGACUUCAUCGUGCAGACGGGCGACCCCACCGCCACUGGCGCUGGUGGUGACUCCGUUUACAAGUUCCUGUACGGAGAGCAGGCGCGGUUCUUUGAGGAUGAGAUCCGGGCGGGGCUGAAGCACGACAAGGUGGGGGUGGUCGCCAUGGCCAGCGGAGACAGCAACCUCAACGCCUCUCAGUUCUACAUCACCACGCGGGCUGGGCUGGACUCACUCGAUGGCAAGCACACGAUAUUUGGCGAGGUGGCGGAGGGGUUGGACACGCUGCAGCGCAUCAACGAGGCAUUUGUGGACGACAAAGGCCGCCCCUUCAAGAACAUCCGCAUACGCCGAGUGCACGUGUUGGACGACCCAUUUGACGACCCACCCGGACUCGCUGACCUCAUCCCCGAUGCCUCCCCACCCAUGCCGCCCCCCGCUGCUGGCGAGGACGUGCGGCUGGAGGACGACUGGGUGCCCAUGGACGAGGGGCGGGCGGCGGACGAGGUGGAGCGCGACGUGCGCCGCAGAGAGGCACAGUCCAGAGGCGUGGUGCUGGAGAUGAUAGGCGAUCUGCCCGAGGCGGAGUUCAAGCCGCCCGAGAAUGUGCUCUUCAUCUGCAAGCUCAACCCCGUCACCCAGGACGACGACUUGGAGAUCAUCUUCUCUCGAUUCGGCAAGGUCCUCUCGGCGGACAUCAUUCGAGACCAGAAGACGGGCGACAGCCUCUGCUACGGCUUCAUUGAGUUUGAGACAAAGGAGGCGUGUGAGGCGGCUUACUUUAAG